UAUGGAAGAAAAGGAAGACGAAUAAGAGGAGGAGAAGGAAAAAAAAACAAGAAGAAAAAGAGGAGAAGAAGAAACAGGAGACGUAAAAAAGAAGAAGGAAGCGCGGCGCUGCACGUAGGUACAUACGCGACGUACAGACGCGCGCCGCCGGGUCCAAGGGUGGUGGUGCGACGGCGGCGGGGGCGGCGGCGCGGUGUAUAAAUGUAAACACUAAACACACGAUUUUUACACACGCACGCCAAUGCUCUCGCGCUCACGGGGUACACAACCCAGCAGCAACACUCACGCGUCUUCGAACGACAACGACGACGCGAAGCGCCAGAUCGACGUCAAGUGCCAGAACAACGCGUGCAAUCGCCUAAGCCACACGGACUGCGACACAAUAGCCACUACGAUAAAACAUUCGUGUUUGUGUUUUUUUUCGCAUUUUUUUUUGUUACGGUUCUAUCGCGUUUUCGUUUACCGGCGUGCGUUGAGCCACCCCGAGCCCUAUAGGCGCACUCGAGACUCCGCCGCACGAAUUGUUCGCAAUCAACAAAUUGACGGUGCCCUCAAACACCACUCACUCUAACUAAUUCUUCCUCCAUCUCGCCAUCUCAUCCACACUGCUGUUGGAGUAGUAUAUUUUAUAGCGAUAUUUCGAUAUAAUAUUUGUUAUCGUCCGACGACAUAAUAUUAUUAUAAUAUAUUAUAACCGCCGUCGUAUAGCACGUCGAAGACGAUCGUCAUAUCCGUCAUCAUGAUGACGCUCAAGCCACGGUUACUGGUAGCCAUUGUCUUACUGUGGGCCGUUACAGUCGCCGUGCAGUCCCGGCCCGCCACCGACUCCGGGGAACCGGAAAUGGAAGAGUCCGCGGAAUUGUCACCCGAUCCCUCGGUCGUGAUGGUCCCGAUACGCCAGCUCACAGAUCCGAAUUCAGCGCUCGCCCGUAUUCUAAAAAAUCAGCUGCUUAAAAUGUCCGAACAAAACCUACAGGCCAUUGAAACUGGACUGACUGGAACCAAAACAGAAACCGCCUCCGACAAUGAUCAGGACAUGAUGAUGGGGGACAUGCCGUCGGCAGACGAUCCACAGGACUCGUCGUCACCAACUACCAUGUUUGAUCGAGCCACAGUGAUGACGGACAGAGAAAGCCCCGAGUCUGAAGAUCCCGAGGUCCAGUAUGUUGAAUCAUCGACGUCAGCCAGACAACAAAGAAUUAAAGACAUUCAACGUCAGAUGAUAAACUUAACGGGGAGGAAACCAAUACUCCCGUCGAUUCCAGUGACAAAAACGGGUCCGAUUUCGUCUUAUCCAUCCGACACAUUUACAGAAAAAACGCAAAGCUUUUAUUCUACUUGUGACUUGCCUAAGCACACAAAUGAAGAUGUCUGGAACACAAAAGAAUCGAUGAAUUUAAUGUUUAAUAUUAGUUUACCCAAGUCGUCUAAAGGUAUCACAGUAAACAUAAAUACGGCUAGACUCAGGCUUUACAAACAAUUUGUAUCUUGUUAUUCGCAAUCGAGUAAUGAGACCGAUGAUUCUCAAUCAUGUCAGCCAGCAUUAUUUGUAGAAACUAUGAAGCAAUCCAAUUUGACUACAGCUAGUGUAGUACCGAUAAUAAUGGACGAGAGACAGAUUCGCGUAUCGAUUUACUUGAACACUAGAUCACUUAAGAGGAAGAGAGCAGUAAAAAGGAAGUUAUUGGACAGCCGUAUGGUGCCAUAUUUCAGCGAGAAAUGGACAGAAUGGAACAUUCGUAGUGCAGCAAAAGCUUGGCACAGGAACCCAGUUCGGAAUUACGGAAUCAGUAUUGAAGUUGAAGACGAAGAUGGAAACUUGCUUCCAGUCGCCCAAUUUUUUAGACCCAUGAAUUGUUCGGGAGACGCACAAAUGAUGACCCCAAAGCCGAUGCCCGGGUUUCUGAUGGAGGCGGUGCAAAACAGUUACGGCGUACUGGUCCGCAACCCGACCACCACGGGCAACAACAGUAACACCAACGUGGACGACGUGCUCGCGCUCAGCUUCAACAUGCACAUGUAUCCGAUAAUGGACGUUACCACGGUCGAGGUACCAGACUCGGAGGCGAACAACGCCAUGCUUUACCAGUACGCAAAGAGCACGCUCGAACAGGUGGGCGGCAGAGGCGCUGGUUCGUCGUUCAACUUGUCGCAAGGGCAGGAAUACAUGGUCGCCGAGUUUCAGCACCGGAUUCGGCACGGUAGCCAGCACCGGAACAACGACACCGUACCCGGAGGCCUGUCCAAGGACGGACACGAGCUCCGCGACCAGAUCAUUCCGCAAAGCAUAAUCCAGUGGAACGUGCAGCACAAGUCGACGACCACCGAGACCCCGGACUAACGGGGGGCGGUGUCGUGUGACGAACAAACGCGGACACGUCAAAUCUUAAUACAAUAUAUUUGAAUAUAAUUAUACAUGUGCACAGGGUGGUUCUAAAACAUCUUAUUUUGGCUCGUUGUCACAAAUAAAUGGGUGGAUUGCUUGGAUAAACUUUAUCCACACGAACAAAAAAAAUUAUUUAACUCUAACUUAAAUCUUCUCCCAUAUGCGUAUAAUUUAAGCGAUUUUCACGAUUUUCACUAUUUUAUUUUGUUAAUUUAAUCUUGUGUUUUAUUAUAGGCAUAAUUAUUUUACUUUAUUACUAUUUGUUUGUUUAAAAGUAAAUUAACAAAUCCGUAUACUACUCUGCAAUAGCCAGAUAACACAUUGCCCGGUUUACGAUUGAAAAAUUCACCCUGUAUACAUGUAUAAUAUAAUAUAAUAUAAUAUAAAUUAUAAACAUUAAACACAGUAAUAUAAUAUGCUACAUGCGAUGCCACUUUUUCAACGUGUGCAAACAAUUUAAUUAAUAUAACAAAACAUUGAUAAAACCGCCGGGAGAUCACAACUUCACAAGUAUAAGUAACACGUCUUCGAGCCGUGUGUGUUUCGACUUAGGUCCGAAGAGACAUACAUAUACACACACGCUCAGAUUUCUUUUCAAUUGACAUGUGUACACUUCAAACCCAAUUGUAGUUUUUUUUCAUGUUACAUAUUAAAUUAUUAUACUGUUUAGGUGGAGGGAUAGAAUAUUAUAUAAUAACGUAUGUAAACGUAUAGUGCGUCGAUGAUAGAUUUAGUAUAUAACUUUAAUUUAUAUUAUUAUUAUUAUUAUUAUUACUAUUAAUUAAUUUAAUGUUUAUUGUACUAACACUAUGUAAAAUGUUCCUAUAGUUUUUAUAAUUAGCGACGAUCAAUCUAAAAUAUCAGAUGUGUGUUAGACUGUAGCCGUUCUACAUCAACACCCUACCUAUUUAAUCCAUUUUAAAUGCAAACGCCGCGCAAUCAUCGGUGAAAUAAAAAAAUCACCUAUCAAUUUUUUUUUCUCAAAAAUACAAUAUAAUAAUUACAAUAUAUUAUUUACAGUACCCGCACCGUGGUCGGAAUUGUUGUUAAUUCGUGCCUCGAUCGUACACACUAUUCGUUAGGACGGUAUACCUAUUUCCUACAUAUUAUUUUAUUCGAGUUUUAGUAAUUUAUUACAUUUUGUUAAAAUAUUAAUUUAUUAUUUCGUACGACCGUUUUGGGCGUGCGUAUUUUUCUGUUUUUUUUCUUCUUUUUUACGAAUUAUGUGUUUAUAAUAAUAUUAUUCACCUGAGUGUGCACGGAUAUAGGUACCACAAAUUACGAGUUAUUAUGAUUGUUAGUGCGCAUUAUAAUAAUAUUAUUAUUGUUCAUCUCAUCUAGUGCGCCGCGAUGUCUAUAUGACAUCCGGAUAGUAUAUAUAUAAUAAUUCGCGGCAUACCUCUAUCGACAACAUACCUAAUAUAUUUACUAUUAAUUUAUUAAUUUAUUAAUAUUUAAGUUUUUUUUAUUUUUUUCUUAUUUAGAAUAUAUUAUAAUAUUAGGUAGUUUUCGUAACGACGUGACCACGUAUUAAGACAUAUUAUAUAUAAUAUUAUAAUAAUGCUUCCUAACAACAAUGUACCCUUUGACGUAUUGUAAAUAAUCGCUGUACUUUGUUUUAUUUAUAUAUAUAUAGAUAAUAGAUAUAGAUAUAUCGCAUAAUAUUAUGUGUGUAUAUGUUUUUAAAAUUUUUUUUUUUAUAUAUUUCAAUAUAAUUAUUAUUACU